AUGCAGCUUCGCUCCACGGCAAAUGCCUCCUUGCUGGGGCUGCUGGGCAGCCAUGGCACACCAGAGGGCCUGGAGCAGAUGAAAGCGAGCAUCCGCAGCAUGGCCGCGAGUCGUUUGAACGGCAGCGCCUCCCCCUUCAACAUGAGUCAAUCCUCGGUGGUCCCACUCCUCGAAGCAAUCCAAGAAAACAUGAACGUUCUCAUCGAGGAUAUCCGGGCCUCUGCGCAGAGCGACAGGGAUGACCUUGAGCUGGCGGGGCAGGCUUUUGGGCAAUGCAACACGGACCUUGCCAACCGCCCACCGAUCACCGUCACCACACUCCCUCCCACUGUGAUUGCGGCAGGGGACGCCCACGACACGUGCCGGGAUGAAGAGGCAAACAAGAAACAGGCUCGGGAUGAUGCACUGGCUGCGUUUCGGGUGGGCAUGCAAAAUCUCCAGGCGAGUAGGACUGGAGCGUUGGUGGACUGCCUCGGAAAGUUGGCAGAGACUCCGAUCCCUUACAUUGAACCGCUGGAUGGCGACGAGGCGCUGGACUGCGCCAACCCAGUCCAGCAGUGGCUGUUCGAUUUUUCCGAAGAUGUGACGGACAAAAAUGCGGCCUACAAGGAUGCGGAGGCGGCUUACGCGCCCCAGAAGUCCGAGUGCGACGAGAGGCAGCACUUUCUGGAAAGCCGUUUCUGCACCUUUCGCGGCCAGCUGAUGGUGAGCUGUGCGGCUCUGAACCAGUGCUUCACCGACGCCCAGAACUCCCUCACCGCCCUGUGGACCAUCGUGCAGCAGUCCAUCGCCAGAAGGCUUGUGGCCUUCAAGUCAGCUUCGCAGGUGAAGUGCUAUAUCAACAUCUUGCAACAGGAUACCCUGACCGAGGCCGCGCUGAACGACUGCGACACCAACCAGCCGGACUCCACAACCCUGACGGUGACGCAGCCGGCGCCGGCAUCGCAGGAGACCUGCGACACAACGCUGGUGGAUGAGCACCCAUGCACGCCGUCGUGGAUCAACACGUACUACACGAGCAAAGAUUGGCACGGCAACGUCGAACAGGAACUUCAAGUUCAAGAUGGGAGUACUUCUCCAAUCGCGCUCGAUGCCUUCGCGUUCGCGGCACACGACUCGGAGCCGAAGGCCUUCCUCUAUGGUGGCCGGGACACCUACCCUACCUACCAUACGGCCAUGUGGACGCUCACAUUGGAUGCGGCAACAUCCUCAGUGCAGUGGACGUCAAGCUCAGUGACGGCAGGCGGCCCGGGAGAUAAAUGGGGAUCUACGGCCGUGUGGACCGGUGAGAGUGUGCUAGUUUUCGGUGGCCGUCAAGGAGCGUCCGAGGACAUCUCCAACCACCUGUAUGAAUUUAUCCCGGGCUCCCCCGACACCUGGAGCGAAGUUCCACCUGCCAGUUCUGGGCUUAAGAGGUGGCUCCACACGGCAGUCUGGAAGCCAGACACCAAGACCAUGCUGGUGUUUGGUGGAAGCAGCACCACAAGCGAUGGAGACGUCUCAAAUUCCGUUUCCAAGUACACUUGGAGGGGCUUGGCGAGCGGAUCAUGGUUGGACGGGGUGGUCCCCGGCACCGCCCCUGCAGCCCGGCAAGGUCAUGGGGCUGUUUGGGCCGGCGGGACCUUGUCCAAGAUGCUGAUCUUCGGGGGUCGGGGUGCCGGCAUCAUGAACGAUCUAUGGGCCUUUAGCCCAACGGACGAUUCAUGGGAGGAGCUGAUCCCGAGCGAUGCUGCCGGCUCACCCCCGACAAGGUAUGCCAUGUCAGCUGUGUGGGCUGACUCCCUUAACGCCAUGGUGGUGUUUGGAGGACAAAGCAAUGGCGCCCCUGUAAACGACCUUUGGCAAUACACGACCGCAGCGGGUUGGGAAAUGCUAAUUGCAGACCCCAAGCCCUCGCAACGCCGCCUUGCAGGAGCUGUCUGGGCCAUGGUAAUCUUCGGUGGCACCCACGUCUCGGUACGCCUCGGCGACGCCUGGCAGUUGCAGCUGUAG